AUGGAUACAAAACCACUAUCUAAAGAUUCUAUGAAGUCAACAUGGCGUACCGCCGACCGUUCAGAAUGGACGCACCACCACUGGGCUCUGGAAAUCCUCAACGCCCAUCCGCAAGAACUGAACAAGGAAGUCCCAGUACACGCCAAAGAUGAAAAAAUACCCUACAUGCCUCAGUGGUCUCUUCAGCGAUGGGUUCUAUUCUACUCUGCCGUCCCCCUACUUCUGCAUCAGCUCUUUAUGACCUAUACAGGCCAUACAUUAGGACCGAUCAGCACCUUCAACUUCUAUUUCUUCGCAUUCAACGCCAUAGUCAUAUACCAAGUCCACGUUCUCCGCCGAAUGGGCCACAUCUACGGCUUCCUCGAUGGCGAUAAACAUGAACGAGACGGCGUACCUGACGUAGGCGUCGGCAAGGUCGUGCACUCCCUUUACAAAACCACCGGAUCUCGACUCGUCCUCGCCGUCUACUUAACCUAUAACAGAGACCAGCUACCAAGCCAACUGAACUGGCUCUAUCUCCCCCUUGAGAUCGGUCUCUAUGGUAUCGUCCUCGACUUCUGGUUCUACUGGUAUCAUCGCCUUAUGCACGAUGUGGGCUUUUUCUGGAAGUUCCACCGCACGCAUCACUUGACGAAGCAUCCGAAUCCCCUCCUUGCCGCCUAUGCAGACCACGAGCAAGAGUUCUUCGAUAUGGUUGGUGUGCCGGUGAUGACAUAUUUCAGUCUCCGAUUUAUGGGCCUGCCGAUGGGAUUCUACGAGUGGUGGAUUUGCCACCAAUAUGUGGCUUUUGCUGAGGUCUUCGGACACAGUGGGCUUCGAAUGCAUUUAACUGUGCCAUCCACUCUGAGCUGGUUGUUGAAGAUGUUUAACUGUGAAAUUGUCAUCGAGGAUCAUGAUCUUCACCACCGCAAGGGCUGGAGGAAGAGCCAUAACUAUGGGAAACAAACACGUCUCUGGGAUCAGAUCUUCGGUACUACCACUGAUCGGAUUGAAUCUGUGGAGGAAAAUGUGGAUUAUGAGAAUGUUGCGAUGAUGCCUCUAUUUUAA